UAGAACUUUCAUGUUUUAAGAUAAGAAUGAGUGGAGCCGCUGCAGUACCCGCCAACACACUGCUCCCUUUGGAGCUGGUCGACAAGGCCAUCGGCUCCAGGAUCCAUAUCAUCAUGAAAAACGACAAGGAGAUAGUUGGAACCUUGCUCGGCUUCGAUCCCUUCGUGAACAUGGUGCUGGAGGACGUGGUUGAGUACGAGAGCACGAGCGAGGGCAGGCGGGUCACCAAGCUCGACAAGAUCCUCCUCAAUGGGAACAACAUCACGAUGCUGGUGCCGGGAGGAGAGGGACCCGAAGGAGGAAUCUGAUUUGAGUCAAGCAUUUAAUUUACUUAUAUUUUUUUCAGA